UGGGUGAGGCUGCGGGCCUGGCCCCGUGUCCUGGGCCCAGGGCCUGGUGCAUGGCAGCCAGGACCAUGGCCAGCGUUCGCCUCCCCCAGGUUCAUCACACAGGGUGGCCACUCCGGCUGAAGGGUGCACCCCAGUGUAGCCCCCUUCUGUGAUGGACCCGAAGGCCCCCAAGAAGUCCCACCAGGGAAAGAAGAGUAAGGCCAGGAUGCAAGAGAAGUUUGCCAGGAAGUUUCCAUACAGGUUCUCCUGGCUGAUGGAGACCAGCUCAGAGCUCCUGCAGCCCUGGGAGCUAACGAAGAUGAGCAGCUUGCCGCGGGAGCAGCUGCCCCUGCAGAAGACGCUGCUGCCCACAAGGUCCAUCCCCGUCCGAGGGAUGGGGGCACCGGAUUUCCUGCCUCUGUCCUGCCUCCAGCCGCCACCAUCGCCGCCAAGAAACCUCUGGGAGCUGGCGCUGCUGACCCGCCGCUUCCCCAGGCCCGCAGCCCCCCCGCCCGCCCCCUGGAGUCCCGCUCUGCACCGCCUGUCUCUGGGCCACUCGGGCCCCACGCGCUUGUGACAGUGGCCACCGGAAGCUCCCUCUGGGCAGAGGUGACCUAUGGGAAGGCGAGGAGCCCUGGCGAGGCCUCCGUCGGAUACACGCUGCAGGUUCACGGCCCCGGACGGUCGUCUGCACGCCAGCCCCACAUUCUCAUCCAUAAAGUGCGAUGAUGGUCA